AUGGAUGAAGACAGGUUUGAGGACUUGCAAUCUGCCGGGCGCAUGUUCGGUAGCAUGGAAGCAUGGCUUAUACUGCAGUCCCAAGCUAUUACAUACCUCUUCUUGGCUACUUUCUGCAGACAGAUGCUAGAUCUGGCAAAGCCUGGGCUGAUUACAGGCCACAUUAACCGACUCAGCAAAAAGGAGAUACUGGAAAUUGGGAUUUCAGCAAUACAAAAGAUCAAUAUGCUGAAAGAAAAGAAGGGAGCCGAAACAAUGCAAGACAUCGCAUCGAUUCGACAAUAUGAACCAAAUUGCACUGGGUUCAACCUGCAAAGGUAUCGCACUAAGCUCAAGGACAAAAGUGCGGCGGCUGAAGAACACAUCAAGAACCUUUUUGACGACCCUGUCUACCUGACCAAAUACAUCGCGGAACAAAAGGAUCAUCAUUGGACUAAUAUUGUCGAAGACUCAACGUAUCUGCCGAACGAGUACUCUCAGAGCUACCAUGAUCCAACUUUGCGUAACGUACUAUAUCGAAGUUGCAUGAGGAGCGUACUGAGAAGGGCCUUUUUCGAGUUCUUCAUAUGGGAAGCCGUUACAAAUGCCUUGGAAGAUUUUGAAACCUUCAAACAGGAGACACUCAAAGAACCACCCAAGAUGGAAGAAUUCGGGUACUUCAAAAGGACAGCUGCACCUAGACCUCAUGUUUCUGAAGAAUUUGGUACGUAUACAGCAAAAUACCUUCAAAUUCAGGAGUUGAUCCGGCACGCCGCGGCUUUCUUCAUCUUCGCAUUCCGUAAAGAAGCAAUUCAUGCCGCUUCUGAGCCCAUGCGCAACACCUACCUUACCAUUAAAAGGCCAGAGUACAGGCAGGAUUGGUUGAUCAGAGAAUACUAUGACAGCGAAGACAUUAUGCUUGAUUUCCAAGAAAAGGCUUUGCACAGUGACCGAGGGGGAAAACAUCGCAUUGUGGCUGAGCUUAUUGAGAACUUCAUUUCGAACAAGCAUUCCUCCAUGUAUGUCGGCAUCCGGAAGACUACGGAUAAAGUAAAGAGGCAUAUUGAAGCCCACAACCGUGACGCUGGGCCAGAAGACAAGUUCUCAAAUCUGAUCAGUCAAACAAUUGACGGUUUGGAUCUACUCGCCGAUGUUGCAGAGCAUCUGGAACUUAUACCUGACAUGUCCCGCAAAUCUAACGAAUGGACGAAGGAGUCCGAGAAAGACUUUCGCGAGAUGGUUUCUAGGAUGCUCCAGGAGUUUUCAUCUUAUGACCUCUUUGCGCUCGACAACUGUGAUUUCCGAGACAAACACGUCCCUGCUAAACGGACGCAUCGAAUUUUCCGCUUUCUCGACGAAUUGCAAAGAUUCGAUGUCAAAGAACAGGAGAUGAGCUAUGGCAAGGCGAAGGGCGACAUCAAGCGCUUCGGUGCAUCUCUUCUCCGGGGGCUCAUAUAUCCAUUGAAUGAAAAAGACAAUGAGCUUAUAUAUCGGCACAAAACCUGGGGCGCGAGUAUCAAACCACUUUAUGAUAGAGGGAAAGUAUUCCCAGCAAAUGGACGGGCACUGGAGCGUCUGACGAAAUGCAUGGGAAUCACCAGGGAGCAAUUCACCUUUGCCGAAACUGAGCAUCCUCUCGAUCUUGAUGCCCAAGGAUCCAACCGCAUACAGAAGACCUCUGAGGAGGAUAGAAAGAUCAGAUCGGAAAUAUGGCUAGCCUUCAGGGAAGUGAUGACGAAACAUCGGCAAGAGCAGAAGAAGAAGCUGGGAUAUCAGAAGAAGCGCAAUAAAGAUAAGGUACGGCCGCUGAAGCCGUCUGAACCAUACAGGGUCGGCAAGGACAAUAAGGGAAAGGCGCCUUUACGAACGACGGGGAAUCAAUUGCGAGAAGAGAUGAAGGCGGGCGAAGAUGUAGAAAUGGAGGACGUGGGCUUUGAAGUUUCACCCAUGAAUGAUCAAACUCAGCCCCUGAAUGCACCACGGGAUAUAUUCAAUGCUCGGCCGCCCCGUGUGCGUCCUCCGAGCACAUACAGGCCUCCACCUCCAAAGCCGUCACACCGUACAGAACCUGUUCUGGAUCCUAAGCUGGCACCAGACGGACUGCUCAAGAGGGAAAUCAACAAGCAUGCAUGGGAGACAUUGAAGUCACUCACGUUGCGGAAGAUAACAUACACCAACGCUCAGGGCAAAAGGGUUACAGAAGAACUCCCAGCGGUGAGUUUGAACGAUGUUGAUAGUACAUUUCGCGGCGAGCUCGGGUUUCGUCUGGAAUUUGGCAAGGGUCGGCACCGUAAGUUCAUUUGGACUGAGGAUUGUGUAUGGCCAGAAUCGUGUCGGUUGAAGAAUUUCAACUUCAACCCUGACAAAAACGCGACAAGAGGCUCGGACUUGAUACAGGAAACAAUGAAAAAUUGGAGCUUAUGUUUGGAGGAUGCUGGAAUUACUUGGAGCCUUGUAAAGCAGUGGUGUAUACAGAAGAAGGGGGACAAGGAGACAUAG